AUGAGCAUUGACCAACCAGAACAAAGCGCCCUUUGGUGGCGGCUACCUGAAAAUGAGCAAGGUCCUCACAAGAGAUCCUUCUUGGAGGAACAACUCACAAAACGCAGCAUUGACAGAAUCGUCCUUGAUUACUUCAUCCAAGAAGGCUUCCACUCAGCAGCCCAAUCGCUAGCAGAAGAAGCAGAUAUCUCCUUGGAUACAUUUCGGAUAGGGGGCAGAAGAAGCUCUGAGAAUUGCGGGUCGUCUCUGGGCUUUAGCACCAUAGUGAAGCGGAGAGAGAUUAAGUACCUUAUAUUGGAGGGAAAUAUCUCACAGGCCAUACGAUUGAUAGCAGAGAACUUUCCUGCAACAUUGGACUCACAGCCUCUUCUCUUCUUUCUGCUUCUUCGGCUAAAUCUCAUUGAGAUGAUUCGGAAACACAAAUGCCUGCCAGAUGCUAACAAUCCUGAGAUUGAGAAGAAAUUUCUAAGCGACAUUCUCAGUUUUGUACGCGAGAACAUGAUAAGCAAAGUCCUCUAUUCUGUAUCGCUCUUGAAGGAUCUAGAGACUACCAUGAGUCUCUUAUGCUUUGACUUCGAUCCUGAAAAGCCAUUAGACGAGCUUGUGGAGCUUCCGCCUAAACUCAGACAGCUCUUUGAUUUAUCUCUACGUCGGCAAUGCUACAGAGAGGUUAAUCGUGCUAUUUUGGAUCUAAAUGAUAACCUGGUGGGUAUUAAUUACAAUGGUGUAUCCACUGAGUACUCUGUGUCUAAUCUCAAGAAUUUGCGCGAGGCAACGCUAGCUGGGGAUGAUGUUGACAUGGAUUCCAGCGAUGACGACGAACCCUUUCAGUUGAAAAGCGAUGCAUUGCAAAUUCCCGGCUUGCAAGGUGAGGAGGUAGAUACGCUUUCAACAGACGUCCGCGAGACAGACGCUGAACAGGUGACAGUCACAAAAAAACAGAUACUCAGAUCACAAUUGGAACGAAUCGCUGUUCUCUGGCUCGCAACUGAACGUAAAGUGAAGGAGCAUAGGCUGCACAAUGCCGACGCUUCUCCCACUGGUGUUCACCUGCCUAUUGUGUUUCGUUGGCCAGAAUAA